CGACAAGGCUACGAGUGCAGUCUCUGUUUCGGUGCGGAAUCCCGGCCAACCAGUCCAGCAGCUGCAUCUACACCCCCGACGUCCUCACGGGCAACGCCGACAGCGCCGACAACCCGACCCCCGCUUCCCCCGAAUCCACCUUGGAAUUUCCGGCUGGAUCUGGCGCCUCCCCGGUCUACCCGCCCGCUUCCCGUUGCCAACGCCAACGCCCUCUUUUUGUAAGAACCCAACCUGGACAUGAUCCAUCUCGAUCGCAACCACAACCCGCUCGACCCAAACGCCAACCUCAUAACAGACGACCUCAACCCCCACGACCUUCUCCAGUUCGAGUCCUUCAACAAGGUACACGACGACCCCUUCUUCAAGGACCAGGACGACCCUCUUGUCCAUGACAUCGACACCUCCCACCUCGACAUCCACCAAGACAGCACUCUGGACCCCUCAACUCUCGAUAUAGCCCAGUCCCAGGACGGCGAGCCCCAACAGCCGCCUCCCGCUCCCUCCUCCCCACCCGCCCCCACCGCUCCCCAGGACGACCGUAGUUCGUCCCUUUCACCAGCCCCGGAGACGAACUCGCCAAAGGACGACAAGAAACCGUCACCUCAACCACCUUCCCAGCCUGCUGACCCUUCCGGAGAACAGGACAAGGGAGAAACUGACGACCCGUUCUCGCGUCAGCUCACCCCCCUCACGGAGCUCUCACCAGCCCCUGACUACGACGACGAGCCAGAGAAGACGGAGGAAGGAGGUUCGGAUGGAAGUCAGGCAGCGAACGGUGCACCCGGAGUCAGUGCGGAGGGUGGCCAGUCGCGGCGAGGGGAGGGAACAGAGGGCAGUGGAGAGUCGAAUAACCCAGGUGGCCGCUCCAAUCCUCAGGGAGACGUACAGUCUGCUUCACGGCAGGUCGGCAACUCCUCUGUCCGUCAGCCUGCUCCUCCGCAAAAUCCGACCAACCACAAUGCAGAGGCCGGUCCAUCUCAGUCCGCCCAAAAGCCCCCGUCUGUAGCACCCUCGUAUUCCCGGGCCCCAUCGAGCGAAUCUGCAUCCUUUAUGGGUCUCAGACAGACUCCAGGUGCUUCGGACAAUGCGGGAAACGGACCAACGGAUCCCAAGGUCGUGCGGAUAUUGGACCUGAACGCUGAGCUUCUCAAGAUAUGUAUGGAGAGCCAGUCGCAUGCGCUAUCCAUAACUGACCCAAGGCUUCAACCGUACGCUCUCCGUCUUCAGAACAACCUCGCCUGGCUUGCAGCUGCCGCGGACCAGAGGCACAUGAACCACAACAAUUCCAUCCCCAUCAUGGAAGCACCACCUCCACUUGAAAUGAUGUCCACUGACCGGAUACAGUACCUGUAUUCUGAUUUGUCGACACUGUUUGCUAAAGACAUUGCCCGUCGGCAAAUAAUGCAGUCAGGACAGCCCAACCCACCACUCACGCCAACGUCGAUGAACGGCAAUGGACUCAAGCGCGGUCGACCAGAUGACAUGGUGGAUGGUAUGAACAAGCGGCGAGACAUGGGUGACGCCAAAACAACCAUGCACCCGCCUGCCGGGCCCUCGGUUUCCAUUUCUGCUAACGCUGCUCGCAGUCCGUCUGCCUCGUUCCCCGGGCAUGGCGGCGCCCCGGCGUCGGGUGGAAUGCUGCAAAGCCCACGGGUCUCAAGUCCGGCAAUGCCGCCGCCGCCAAAUAUGCCCUCACUUCCCUUCGGGGUUGCCGAGGCGCAGGUGGCGGCUUCAUCACGGAAUCGCGCCCGCGAGCUCCAAAUACAGCAGGCGCGUGAAAUGCAGCAGCGCCAGCAGGCCGCACUGAACCAGAUGCAGAACGCGUCGUCGCGCAUGUCGCCACCAGGCAACCCUUCACAGGGCCCAGGACCGAGUCAAGCCAACCAGCCAUCGCCAAUGGGUGGUUCGGGUGGCUUCUCGCAGGGUGCUGGCGGCGGAAUGCCCAAUCAGCACCCUGGUCAAGGACAUGGCGGCCCGAUACAGAUACCUCAGCAGUUGAUGCAGCAGUACCUCCAGGUUUUGCAAAAUCCGGGCCAUCCGAUCAUGCAGAUGCUGGCCAGCCAAAUACCUAACUUUAUGUCUUUACCGCCGGCGCAGCAGAUCCAGAAAUUGCAUAUGGUCCAGACGCUACGGCAUCAACAGCAACGAAAUAACCAGAUGCAGAGCAUGGCACAGAAUGGGCAGAUGCCGGGGAUGCAGAAUGGUCUGAUGCAGAAUGCGAACCAGUCGCAUUCCUCAAGUCCUGUCUCUCCUAUGAGCCAGCAGUCUCCCGUCAUGCCUCAGCAGCCGAUGCAGGGUCAGAGCAUGCAGAACGGUCCGUUUUUCUCACCGCAGCAGAAUAUGUUUAUGAACCAGGGGAUGGACCCACGUAUAGGCGCGAACUAUCAACAGGGCAGCGGCAACCGGCCAAUGGAUAACAGCUAUCAGCGACAGCUCCUCCUGAUGCAGCAGAUGCGCGGCGGAAAUGCGAGCGCUGCUAUGCAGAACAUGAAUCCCCAGCAAUUAUUGGCCUUUCAACGAUGGCAGCAGCAGGGCGGUAGCAUCAGUGGCAUGAACCAGAUGCCGCAAGGCGGCAAUAGCGUCCCAAGCGGCGGCCAAGGAAUGAACAUGUCUCCCACUAGUGAGAAUCAUUUCCCUGCUCUGCGCUCAAACGCAGGCAUCCCCGGCAUCGCGCGGACCAUGCGCUCGCCCUCGGAUAGCGUACACUCGCCGAUGACGCCGCGCACGCCGUCGCGCCUCUCGCAGCAGGGCGGGAUGGGCGGGGCCGACGGCUUCUCGAAUGGCAUGAUGCAGCCCCCGCAUAUGCAGUCCCAGCACAGCCCAACGAGCAGCGGCAACGUCGGCAACGGCAUGCAAAACGUGAACGUGGGCAACCGCACCUCUCGCAGGGACCGCUGGCUGGAAUGCAGAUGGGGCCGCAGCAGCUUAGCAUGAACGGUCAGAACCCGAUGGCGCCGAUGGGUUCGAUGGGGGGCCAGAUGAACGGCGGGUACGGGAUGAGCCCGCCCGGAUCGUCGUCGGGCAACCCGUUCGUCGGUGGCGGUGGUGGUGGCGGCACUGGUGGCUCGCCCACGGGCCAGGGGUGGUCUGUGCAGGGGCAGGGACACGGGGGCGGUGGUGGGUACGGCGGGUACGGCGGAUCACGGCCGCCGUCGUCGCACGCGUCGCCGCCAAUGGCGCAAAAUAUGGCUGGAGACAGCUCGAACGACUUCAACGAUCUAUUUAAUUGGGGAGGACAAUAACUCACGCGUGCUACUUACACCCCUUGUAUAGCCCUCGACCGGCCCUCUGCUUGCUUUGCUUGGCGCCCCGGGUCGUUUUUACCUUGCCCGCACACUACAUACUACACAUCUUACACGCUUCACUACUACGCUCACCGACUCAAUCUUCCUUGCAUAUCUGCCAUGUCUCCUCAACUCCUCCCUCAUCAUGCUUAUUGGUCCUCCGUCGUUCUUCUGUCUGUGCCUUGCUGUCUCUUCGUGGUUUUAUCCUAUAAAUACUCUUAUGGCUGCCUUGUUUUUUACUCGUUGGUUUUCCUUUCCUUCUUUUUUCGUCCUUGACUGAACUUGACGGUUAACCGCACUUUUGUUUAAGUAUAUUCAAUGCUAUGUUUGCUCGUAUGUAUGCUGUAGAUUUCAAUCGACUCUUUUAAAGC